ACAGACCUGCACACCAUGAGGGCCCUGGUGCCUCUUCUGCCCCUGUUCCUCCUGGGCACCCAGGCCCAGCAUGGGGCCGAGUGGACCUACUCAGAGGGGGCGCUGGACGAAGCGCACUGGUCGCAGUACUACCCUGACUGCGGGGGACAGAAACAGUCGCCCAUCGACCUGCAGAGGAGGAACGUGCGGUACAACCCUUCCUUGAAGACGCUCAACCUGACAGGCUACGACGCCCAGGUGGGCGAGUUCUCCAUGACCAACAAUGGCCACACAGUUCAGAUCAGCCUGCCCCCCACCAUGCAAGUGACGGCCGCGGACGGCACCAGGUACAUAGCCGAGCAGAUGCAUUUCCACUGGGGUGGCGCAUCCUCGGAGAUCAGUGGCUCCGAGCACACCGUCGAUGGGAUCAGACAUGUGAUCGAGAUUCACAUUGUUCACUACAAUUCUAAAUACGAGAGCUACGAUGUCGCCAAAGAUUCCCCGGACGGGUUGGCUGUACUGGCAGCCUUCGCUGAGGUGAAGGAUUAUGCUGAAAACACUUACUACAGCAGCUUCAUUUCUCAUCUGGCCAACAUCCAGUAUGCGGGUCAAAGCACAACUCUGACCGGCCUUGACCUUAAGGACAUGCUGCCGGCGAACCUCCAGCACUACUACAGCUACCAGGGGUCGCUCACCACUCCUCCCUGUACUGAGAACGUCCACUGGUUUGUGUUGGCAGAUUCCGUCAAGCUCUCCAAGACCCAGGUUUUGAAGCUAGAAAAUUCCUUAUUGGAUCAUGAGAACAAGACCAUCAACAAUGAUUAUCGCAGGACCCAGCCCCUGAACCACAGAGUAGUGGAAGCCAACUUCAUGUACCUCCCUAGUUCGGGUAAGGGCCACCAAGCAUUGCGUGGGAAAUCCAGUCCAAGAAUACAACCCUCUUCAACACGGAACCCCUUGGAUUCUGGAAGCUGCAAGCCCAAGUUCAGACACGGGGAAGGUGCUUGA